UUGCAUCACUAUAUGUCCACUUAGAAUUACUGAGACAUAGAGGACAAUUCCAGUUUAACUCAACAUAGAUGAAGUGUUAGGUUGUCAAGGGCCAAAAUGGGAUCUCUUACAAAUGACAUCAAUCAAGAUUUUCAGGAUGCCAUUGAUGUAAUUCAGCGCCACUCUCUGCACAACGACACAGAAAUAAAAUACUAUGAGAAUUUGGAAAGUCAACACUCCCCUGGUCGACAUGCAAUUUCAUACUAUCAGUUCACACCCCAUUUUGAACCCCCAGGAUCUGCAUAUGAAUGGAAUGAAUCCUCAUCAUGGUCGUCUCACAUUGUGCCAGAAGUGUCUCUGAGUGCCCUGAGUUCAACACCUUCACCAUUUUAUUCAAAUUUACCACUGCGCCACAGUAAAGGCCGCAAGAAGUUACGUUUAUAUGAGUAUCUGCACGAGGCGCUCAAUGACGACAACAUGUGCGACUCCAUUCAGUGGACAGACAGAGGGAACGGCAUCUUCCACUUCAUCUCGAAAAAUAAAGAAAAACUGGCCGAGUGCUGGGGUCAACGCAAGGGCAACCGUAAAACCAUGACCUACCAGAAAAUGGCACGGGCCCUACGCAACUACAGCCGCACGGGUGAGAUCGUAAAAGUGCGCCGCAAACUCACCUACCAGUUUAACCCCGCAAUACUGCAGAGACUGAGUUCAGUAUCGGUCUACACCUCGGGCCCUACUUCCAGGGAAGUUACCCUUCAUCAGCAAACGUCUGCUGCCGAUCAUGUGUACUACAGUUCAGCUGUACCUGACUGUCAUUACUGGUACGGCCAGUACUCUUACCAGGGCGAUUAUGACCUCGCCACUGUAUUAACGAUGCAUCAGGACCCAAAACAGGGGUGAUUUCUCAAUGCAAACAAUCACUUUCAUGGCACGAAUUCUGAAAAAUACUGUUUCUUUUGCAAAGUUAGAAAUGAAAACAUUUUACAUGGCCAGAAAAAGCAAGCAUUAAUGUGUACAGUGCCUGAAAAUAU